AUGGCGACGGCGGACGUUCAGUGUACCUUUGGUGAAACUGCUCGAGUUUGCCACGAAAAUUUCGCGGGGUUGGCCGGCAAUUUGAUUCCGUUCACCCUGUUCGGCAGUGUCGCCGAGUUUACGUUCGUCAGAAACGAGAGUCUGCGGUGCCUUUUGUGUGUGUGUCUUCUUCAGACCGAAAGAGCCUUCCAGAAGCAGGAGGGGAUUUCCUCUCUUGGCCGCAUCCACCUCGCUGGCCAGAAGAAGAAGAACCAGCGCUACUGGAAAGAUGUUGGCCUGGGCUUCCAGACCCCGCGCUUGGCGAAGGAGUCCAAGUACGUCGACAAGAAGUGCCCCUUCACCGGCAACGUCUCGAUCCGCGGGCGUGUCAUCAAGGGUAUGGUCAUCAGCACCAAGAUGAGGCGCUGCGUCGUCAUCCGCCGCAACUACCUCCACUUCGUCCCGAAGUACAGCAGAUUCGAGAAGCGCCACAAGAACGUCACCUGCCACUUGUCGCCCUGCUUUGAGCAGGUCAAGGAAGGCGAUAUCGUCACCGCUGGACAGUGCAGGCCGCUUUCCAAGACCAUCCGCUUCAACGUGUUGAACGUGGAGAAGAACCAGAUCUUCGGUAACGUGCGCAAGCAGUUCCGCCUCUUCUAA